AUGAGUCCAGCUGGAGACAUGGUGCAGCUGUACUGUUGGGGGGACAGCUCCAGUGGACAGUUCGGUCCCCAGAAAGCCCUCAGCCCGAAGACCUGGACCGUCCCCGGGGUCAUCACCACUAUCUGCUGCGGGGACCAGCAUACUCUGUUCCUCACCAGGGACGGAGGCGUUUUAUCAUGUGGACACAACGCUCAGGGACAACUGGGACAGAAGAGACCUAAAGAUGGGAAGACACCAGGUCGUGUGGAGGGGCUGGGUGAUGUGGUGUCCAUAGCCUGUGGACAGGACCACUGUCUGGCUGUGUGUUCAUCUGGACAGGUGUUCUCCUGGGGGGCAGGAGAGGACGGACAGAGAGGCAUUUUACCACAUCUACUGUCCAGCAGACUCAGUCUGGUGCCGAUACCACUUCAGAUACCAGUGAUUCAGGUUGCUUGUGGAAACUCCCACUCCCUGGCACUGACUCAAGGAGGUGAUGUGUUCUCGUGGGGUUUGAACAGCCACGGUCAGCUGGGCCUGGGGAAGGAGGUGUCGCUGCAGUAUGUGCCCGACCUGGUGGGCCCUCUGACCGGCGUAGCAGUGACCCAGAUAGCAGCUGGAGCGACCCACUCCUUGUUCCUCACACUCCCAGGACUGGUGUACUGCUGUGGGGCCAAUAAAUCUGGCCAACUGGGGCUCAACAGGGUGGACGAGAACGGCAGGUUCAACAUCUGUAUGGUGCCGGCCCUCAGACCUCUGGGAGUUUCCUCCAUGAGCUGUGGAGAGGCUCACUCUGCUGUGUUAACAAAGGACGGUAAGGUUUUCACUUUUGGAGAAGGAAUCCACGGUCAGCUGGGUCACGACUCCUCCACUAAUGAACUGAGACCCCGAUUGGUGGACGGUCUGGACGGACCCGCCUCACAGGUUUCAUGUGGCAGGCGUCACACUCUGGUUCUGGGUGCCUCCGGCCAGCUGUGGGCUUUUGGCCAUGGUGCCAAAGGUCAAAUAGGAACUGGACGACCAGAAGACAGUCUGAGUCCCACUCUGGUACAACUUCCAUGGACCAGUGAUGGUGCAGAAGCCGUACCCAAAGACCUGAAAAUAUCAGCUGGAUGGAAUACAAACUUCACAUACACUUCAUCUAAACAGGGCCGGGACAGAGGACAGAUAACAGGGCGGCUCAGUGAGACAAAACUGCAAGAAUUGCUGUCAAUGAGACACGGCAACGUAGACGCAAAGAGAGAAAUAUCUUUGAUGUUUCGGACGAGCUCAAGUCUUGUUGCAAGUUUCACGAAGGCUGAGGGGCCUCCUCUAGAAGCAGAUGCUCUAACUGUGGACCUGGAGGCAGCCAGCAGAGCCUUUGACCAGCUGCAGGGAGUACCAUGGAUCAAACAAUCAGUAGACCUUAAACAACUGAUUGAUUUGCUGUACAAUUGCCAAACUGCCCUGAAAUCACCAGAGAUCCUGCUGAUACUGCUGACGUUUCCCCGUCUCCAAGACGAGUCCAGUGUCAUGAACGAGGUUUUGCCGUUGGCCGUCAUUAUUUCACAUCUCCCCAAAAAGACUCUGGAAACAUUAAGACGCUGGUGGUCUUCCCUGCCACCCUCCAUACUAACGAAGCACAUCUUGGUGUUCAGAAAGGCUCUGGCCUUCAUGCUGAAAAAUGGCCUCUUACAAACUCACAACCCAGGAGUCAGAUUCAUGAUGGACGCCCUCAAACUUCUCUACAAAGCAAACAAAGCUGGGAAGUCCUUCAAAGUCCCACUCAGCACCUUUUAUGUAGAUGAAAUCGAUGGAAGUGUGGAGCUGUCCGUGGACUUAACUCUCUGGAAGCAGUUUUCUAACGUGGAGGAUCACCAGCACACACCGACCAUUUUCUGCCGCUACCCAUUCCUGUUCAAUCUGGUUUGCAAGGUGGCGGCUUUUAACAUCUAUGCAUUUAUAGUGAAGGGAGCAGAACGUCUCGUUCAUCAGUUGGCUCUGCAUUGUCCUCCUGAGUUGUGCCCAGACUCUGCCACGGCCCCGGUCUUCCAGCUGACUCUGAGACGAACUCACCUGGUGGAGGACACCUUCAGACAGCUGGCUGCAGCCGACCACUGCGCCUUCAGGAGGGAGCUUGUGGUGCAAUUCGACAGAAAGAUAACGAAUGUCGACAAAAGGGACUUCUUCCUGCAUCUGUUUGACGAGCUGAUAGCUCCUGAGUCUGACAUGUUCAUGUACAACGAGAGCCAGACUCUGGCCUGGUUCCCUCCCAACCCAAAAAAGGAGGAGAAGACUUAUUUCCUGUUUGGCAUUUUGUGUGGCCUGGCUCUCUACAACCACAACAUCAUCCACAUGCCCUUCCCCCUGGCUCUCUUCAAGAAGCUGCUUCGAGUCAAACCGUCUCUGGACGACAUGAAGGAGUUUGACCCUGUCAUGGGAGAGUCUUGGCGGUGCAUGUUGGAGGACUACUCUCCUGAUUUGGUGGAAAGCCUGGAGCUGACUUUCACUGUGCCCUGGGGUGGUGAGGAAGUUGAGCUCGAUCCGAAAGAACCUGAAAAACGUGUCACAGCUUCGAACAAAAAAGAGUUUGUGGACGCCUACGUCAACCAUGCGUUCAACAAAUCAGUGGAGGGAGCGUUUGAAUCGUUCAAGAGAGGGUUCUUCAAGGUGUGUGACAUCGACGUGGUGGAUUUCUUCCAGCCGGAGGAGUUGCAAGCAGUGAUGGUGGGCCAAGAAAACUACGACUGGGAGGUGUUGAAGAAGAACACAAUUUAUGAAGGAGACUACCAUGCUGAGCAUCCAAACAUUGUGAUCUUCUGGGAGGUGUUUGACACUCUAACGGCAGAGGAAAAGAAAAAAUUCCUUCUGUUCCUCACUGGCUGCGACCGCGUACCCUUCCUCGGUAUGGACGUCAUCAAGAUGAGAGUUGCCGUCCUGCCUGAUGCCUGUGAGAUCCAUCUGCCAGAAGCCCUCACCUGCCAUUUCCGGUUACUGCUGCCCAUGUACCAGAGAUACCCGGUCGACAGGACCAUGCACACUCGGCUCCUCCAGGCUAUCAAUCACAACAGAGGCUUCUCAAAGAAAGCAGACAUUACAGAAUGAGGUUUUUGUAAACAUCGUGCUUUAUGUUAAUUUGGGACUUUUUACAUGUUGUGUUGUUUUCUGCUAUCAAUGUCAUUAAGUAAGUUGAAACUUGGGAUCCUUAGGAAUGUUAUUGAGGUUAUGAAGGAACUUCACAGAAGUAGAUCAGCAGCCAAUGUUCUGUCUUUUAGCAGUAAUGCAUGUUUUGUUUUUGUUUGUCUGUGAUGCCACUCUGUUAUAUUGUCAAUUGUCAAACGCUACGUUAUUAUUACAGUUAGUUAGUUCUAUCUGCUUAAUUUAGUUGUAAACAAAAAUAUACACAGGCAGAAAAGUUUGAAAAAUAUAUACAUCAUCACAUGUGACAUAGAAGACCCUUAAGUAGAUUUUGGCUCAGAACUUCCAAAUCUUUCUAAAGAUUAAAUGUGAAGUCUGUGGUUUCGGCCACGGCUACACCUCUACUGAGAUGAUAACCUCACUUUUUGACACUUUAUUUUAUUUAUCAUGGCAUUCUUAGCAUUAACUCGUCUCUCUGUUCAAAUUAUACAAGCUUAAAUCUUAAGUAAAUCAUGUUGUGUGUGAUUAAAAAAGCAAUAUUCAAAUAUGUGUAAAUUGUAACAGGAAAUUGUUUUCUUUCCAUUUUACCUUAAUAACAUAAAAAAAAUAAAUGUUUCUCUUCAA